UCCCUGCACAGCACCGCAGCGCUCUACGCUACAGUACGGUACAGCCCAGCAUAGCCCAGCCCAGCAUAGCAUAGCAUCCACAACCCGACCAUGACCGAGAACAACGAGACAGAAGGCGAGCCGCCGAACACAGAGCUGCAGAGGUCGCCCGGGUCUGUGUGCAGUCAGCAAGAGACCAAGCUUCAACGGCUGAAGAGAUCCUUGUCCUUCAAGACCAUCCUCAGGAGCAAGAGCGUCGAAAACUUUUUCCAGCGGACCAACAGCGAUGCGAAAUUCCCUCUAGAGAUCCUGCCUCCCCCGCCCACACCCCCACCGACCCCCCCUAGUGCAGUCCUGCCCGUGGACCCGACAGCCAACGAGCAGCCAGCAAGGAAAUCCCACCCGGUGGCCAUCCCCCUCAAACCAGUAAGGACACACAGCUUUCAAGAAUUUGUCUUCAAAAAGCCCACAUUUUGUGACAUCUGCCAUCACAUGAUUGUAGGGUAUUCGAAGCGCGGUUGGCGAUGUAAACUGUGCAAGAUCAACGCCCACCCCCAGUGUGGAGAGGAUGCUUGCCGGCAACAGUGUGUGGGGAAGCUGCCGAUGGGAUUCCGACGGAACUUCAGCUCGCCUCUCCUCAUCCACGAACAGUACGGGGUCGUGAAGGAGGCCAUGCCAAUGGCCACAAGCAGCAGGGUGGACCCAGUGUAUGAAGCUCUCCGAUUCGGGACAUCUCUUGCUCAGAUGAGCAGAUCGAGCUUUGGGAGCUUCUCGGAAUCUCCAACGAAGCAUUUGGGCGACAACGGAGACAUUGAAGAGGAGCCGGACCUUGGGACGAGUAGCUCUGCGGAGUGUGAGGCUCAGACAGAUACCGCGCCUUUGGAGAAUGGAACAGUAGAAACAGAAGACAAAGGAGAGAGUUCUGUGCCCGUUCAGGUCAGGAAACCUUCGCUCCGCAAAGACAUGUUGCAGAUGCACACCUACGUAGCACUCUACAAGUUUGUACCACAGGAACAGAACGACCUGGGUCUGCAGCAAGGAGACAGGAUUGUGGUCACGGACGACUCCAACGAAGACUGGUGGAAGGGCAAGAUCGGGGACCGAGUGGGAUUUUUUCCCGCCAAUUUUGUCCAGCGCAUCCGACCUGGCGAGAGAGUGUGGCAGUGUAACAGAACGUAUCAAGGCAGCAAAGAGCAGGGACAGUUACCCCUGAAAGAAUUGCAGAUUUGCGUGGGCCGCGGGGAGGAGACCAGCGGCUUCGUCAAGGUGUGCAGCGGGAAGAAGCGAGGGGUGGUGCCCGCGGACAUUCUGAGUGAGAUCUGACUGUUUCUCGCCUGGGGGGGGGGCUUCAGCGGGGUCCUCUGGACAGAGUAUAUGCAGGAGAUGAUUUACCCGACAUUCAGCUUGUACGUCGCAUCCGCCCCCUCGUCUCCACCGUUUCACAUCAGAACGCAGGAGAUCGGCGCGGCCUGGAUAAGGCAAAGUGCGAUCCCGGAACCCGUAA